UUUUUUGGAUCCAGCAUGGCAGCGAAACAGAAAAGAAAAUUAGAGGACCUCAGCUUGGACGAGUUUCUGCUGACAGCUGCCGACUCUGCAGAUGAAUCUGAUGGAGAGGCUCCCGAAAGCAAUAUAGUCAAGAAAAAGAAAGAUUCCAACUCCUCUGUCUCAAACAUAGAUGCAAAAAAGAAAGGUAAAGCAUCAAAACACAAGGAGCAGCUGUCGAACUUAAAGAGCAAAGAUCCAGAGUUUUACAAGUUUCUACAGGACAACGAUCAGACGCUCCUCAACUUUGAUGACACGGACAGCUCCGAAGAUGAGGACGAGAAAAAGUACCACCAAUUACCGUCUGCACUGGAGGAGGCCAGCUCCGCCGACGAAGAUGAAGAAGGCGCUCAGAAAAGUUCCAAGAAAGCCAAGAACAAGGAUGAGGCCAUCAAAAUCACAGACAAGAUGGUGGAAGAGUGGAGAGCGGCUCUGAAGAAGGAGCCGUCGCCUCGUCUGUUCAGAGACGUCACUCAGGCCUUCAAAGCCGCCGUUGCCACCACGAAGGGCGAGGGAGCCGGGCAGUGCCGGUACAAAGUGGCCGACAGCUCAGUGUUCAACGCUUUAGUCCUGUUCUGUAUCAAAGACAUCUACGUGGCCCUGCAGAGGAUGCUCCAGCUGAAGCCGGAGAGAGAUCAGAAGAAGCUCCUGUUGCCGUCGUCUAGUCCGAGAUGGCAGAAGAAUCAGCUGGAUAUCAAGAUGUACCUCAGCGGAGUCGUUCAGCUUUUGUCCUGUCUGACAGAAGCGACGGUCAUCAGCGCCGUCCUGCAGCACGCCAACCAGCUGGUGCCGUACUACCUCUGUCUGCCCAAACAGUGUCGCCACCUCAUCAAGCAACUGAUGAAGCAGUGGAGCACCGGAGAGGAGACGAGCCGGGUCCUGGCCUUCCUGGCGCUCAACAAACUCUGCCGACACAAGCCAGAAGGUUACCUGAACCAAAUUCUCAAGCAAAUGUACGUCUCCUACGUCCAGAACUGCAAGUUCACGUCUCCCAACAUGCUGCCCAUGAUCAACUUCAUGCAGAGGACGCUCACGGAGAUGUACGCCCUGGACACGCAGGCCACCUAUCAGCACGCCUUCAUCUACAUCCGGCAGCUCGCCAUCCACCUCCGGAACGCCAUGACCAUGAAGAAGAAGGAGACGUAUCAGUCGGUGUAUAACUGGCAGUUCAUCCACUGCCUGUACCUGUGGUGCCGGGUCCUGAGCACCCUUCAUCCCAGCGACGUUCUCCAGCCUCUCAUCUACCCGCUCUGCCAAGUCAUACUCGGCACCAUCAAGCUGGUGCCCACAGCCAGGUUCUACCCUCUGAGGAUGCACUGCUGCAGAGCGCUCACCCUGCUGUCCAGCAGCACCGCCACUUUCGUGCCCGUCCUGCCCUUCCUCCUGGAGAUCUUCCAGCAGGUGGACUUCAACAAGAAACCGGGCCGGAUGAGUAAGAAGCCCAUCAACUUCGCCGUGAUCCUGAAGCUCAACAAGAUCAACCUGCUGGAGAAAGCCUACAAGGAUGGCUUGAUCGAUCAGCUCUACGACCUGAUCCUGGAAUAUUUCCACACUCAGGCCAGCUCCAUCGGCUUCCCCGAACUCGCCCUGCCCACCAUCAUCCAGCUGAAAGCGUUCCUGAAGGAAUGCAAAGUGGCCAAUUACUCCAAGCCGGUGCGCCAGCUGCUGGAGAAGGUGCAGGAGAACAGCAGCUACAUCACAGGACGCAGACAGAAGGCCGCCUUCGGAGUGGCGGAUGCCGCCGCUGUGGCGGCGUGGGAGAAGCAGGUGCAGCAGGAAGGGACGCCGCUCAGCCGGUACUACGCCCAGUGGAAGAAGCUGAGGGAGAAGGAGAUCCAGCUGGAGAUCUCCGGCAAAGAACGGAUGGAGGAUCUGGACCUGCCUGAGAUCAAACGCAAGAAGCUCCAGGAGAAGAAGGCCGAGGACAAGAAGGAGUUCAAGGACCUGUUCGAGUCCGACAGCGAGUCGGACGGGGACGACGCGGGACUCAAGGUCAAAGGUAAAAGCAGCGGCGGCGCGUCAGACGAUGAAGACGAUGAACUUGAGGAUCUGUCUGACGUGAGCGAUGACGGAGAGGGGGGAGAGUCAGAUGAGGACGGAGACGCCGCCGCCCCUCAGCCGCUGUCCUCCGCCGCUCUGAUGAAGCUGGCGCAGGGAGACGAGGACGUGGUGGAAGACCUGCAGCUGUCCGACGACGACUGAGCGUUGCUACGUUUUGUUUCUGUUUGUUUUUUGUUUUUGUUUUUUUUGUAUGGCUUCACUUCUUCAUUUGUACAGAGCAGCAAAAGUUCACGACCUCAUUUUAAUAAAGAGCUUCAGAAUCCAG